AUGGCCAUCUGCAAGUACGACAACGUAGUGGAGAUUGUGGAGCUGGAGUGCAACCCCCCACCCAUGCCCACCUGUUCCAACGGCCUCAAGCCUGUGCGUGUCAUGGACCCUGAUGGCUGCUGCUGGCACUGGGAGUGUGACUGCUACUGCACCGGCUGGGGGGACCCACACUUUGUCACCUUCGAUGGGCUCUACUACAGUUUCCAGGGUAACUGCACAUAUGUGCUGAUGGAGGAGAUUAACCCCACAGUGGACAACUUCGGAGUCUACAUUGACAACUACCACUGUGAUGUCAAUGACAAAGUGUCCUGCCCCCGCACGCUUAUUGUGCGCCACGAGACCCAAGAAGUGCAGAUCAAGACUGUGCACUUGAUGCCCAUUGAGGUGCAGGUUCAGGUAAACAAGCAGGCAGUGGCUUUGCCCUACAAGAAGUAUGGACUACAGGUGUAUGAGUCUGGCAUCAACUUUGUGGUGGACAUCCCUGAGCUGAGGGCCCAGAUCUCCUACAACGGCCUGUCUUUCUCCAUCCGGCUGCCCUACGAACUGUUUGGCAACAACACGAAGGGCCAGUGUGGCACCUGCACCAACAAUACUGCGGAUGACUGCAUCCUACCCAAUGGGAAGAUCAUCUCCGACUGUGAGGUUGCUGCUGACGAGUGGCUGGUGAAUGACCCCUCGAAGCCACACUGUCCCCACAGAGGCUUCACUACCAAGCGCCCGACCACCACAGCAUCAGGGCACUUGCUUAAUAACUGCACCGAAUCUCCUGUCUGCCAGCUCAUCAUGGACAGCCUGUUCUCCCAGUGUCACCCCUUCGUACCUCCCAAGCACUACUAUGAAGCUUGCCUCUUUGACAGCUGCUAUGUGCCUGGCUCUGGUAUGGAGUGUGCCAGUGUACAGGCCUAUGCUUCCCUCUGUGCCAAGGAAGGUGUCUGCGUUGACUGGCGGAGUCGUACCCAGGGGGCCUGCUCUGUGAAGUGUCCAUCUCACAGGGAGUACCAGGCCUGUGGCCCCGCAGAAGAACCCACCUGCCAGCCCAGCUCCUCCCAGAACUCCACACUCUUGGUGGAAGGCUGCUUCUGUCCUGAAGGCACCACAAAGUUUGCCCCUGCCUAUGACGUCUGUGUGAAGACAUGCGGAUGUGUGGGACCUGACAAUGUGCCCAGAGAGUUUGGAGAGCACUUUGAGUUUGACUGCAAGGACUGUGUUUGCAUGGAGGGUGGAAGCGGCAUUGUCUGCAAACCAAAGACAUGUAUUGGGGGGAACCAGACCACAUGCGAGGAGGAUGGCACCUACCUUGUUGUGGAGCCCAACCCAGAAGACAAGUGCUGCACCCUCACCUCAUGCAAUGGAGGUGGGGUAUUGCCUGUGGAAUCCAUCCUGGUCACCACACUCCCUCUCUGCCUUCAGAGUGUGACCCCAAACGAUGCAAAGCAGAGCGCCCCUCAUGUUUGCUGGGAUUUGAAGCGAAGAGUGAACACGUUCCUGGAAGAUGCUGUCCAGUUUACUCCUGUGCCCGGAUCUCCAGUGUAUUCCAACAAGUGCCAGGACUGUGUAUGUACCAACAUCAUGGACAACAGCACCCAGAUCAAUGUCAUCUCCUGUACCCAUGUGCCCUGCAACAUCUCCUGCAGUGCUGGUUUUGAACUUGUGGAGGCCCCUGGGGAAUGCUGCAAGAAGUGCCAGCAGACUCACUGUAUCAUCGAGAGGCCCAAUCAGCAGUACCUCGUUCUGAAGCCUGGAGACAUACAGAAAAACCCCAACGACAUGUGCACCUUCUUCAGCUGCAUGAAAAUCAACAACCAGCUCAUCUCCUCAGUCUCCAACAUCACCUGCCCCGACUUCGACCCCAGUGCCUGUGUUCCGGGCUCCAUCACAUACAGGGCUAAUGGCUGCUGUAAGACAUGCAUCACAAACACUAGCAACAUCCACUGUUCUGCCAUCCCUGUCAUGAAAGAGAUUUCCCACAAUGGCUGCACCAAGAACGUCUCUAUGAACUACUGCUCUGGGUCCUGUGGGACUUUUGCCAUGUACUCUGCCCAGGCCCAGGAUCUGGAUCACAGGUGUUCUUGCUGUAAAGAGGAGAGGACCAGUGAACGCAUGGUGACCCUGGAAUGCCCAGAUGGCAGCGAACUGAUCCAUACCUACACACACAUUGACAGCUGUCUGUGCCAGGACUCCGUCUGCGGGAUCCCACAGGCCCAGCAAGGCCGCGUCAGGCGGUCCAGUCCCCGGCUCCUGGGAAGGAAGUGA